AAACAGUAUAUUCAAUGCAUUGAUAAUUACUAUAGAAUUGUAAACAAACCAAACAUCACUUGAAUUGGUUCACAAUUUUUUAGUUUAGUUUCAUCGACGACAACAACAACAACAACAAGUGGUUAGUAGUAAUCAAAUCAAAUCAAUUGAUUUGAACAUAUUUACCGAUCUGACCGACCGUCCGUCCGUCCGUCCGCCGGCUACAGUCAUGAAUGGCCACCAAUUGGACUCAUCGGAGUCAACCGUUACCGCCGAUGAUGAUCCCAACGGCGGCGAUGACAACAACAACAACAACAUGAAUAGUAUCAACAAUUUGUGGCUAUUUUUGUUGAAAAACAAGUCGAUAACUACCCAGACAUUUGGCCAGUUGGCCGCUUACGGCUACGACAAUAACGAUACAAUCAUAUCGUUGGAUAUCGUCGAGGAUCUGCCGAUGUUGACCAAUAUUACUAUUGGCCAACGAUCGCUACUCAAGCGGCUAAUCAACGACUAUCGACGACAAUCAUCAACGUUGUCGGCUGUGGCCGCUGCGGGUCUCAGCUGUCCGGCCACCGCCGCUGCAACCGCCGUUACCGAUGAACACAAUCUGCAUAUCUAUACUAUGAUUAAAGACAUGCACACAAUGAUGAAGAAGAUUAUCAGCGAUGGUGUGGACAAUGACGGCCACAACAAUCGGUCUGCGGCGGCAGUGGACACAACCACUACCAGAUCAGUAACCUCUGUAAGCAGCCGUAGAUCGUCGUCGGCGUCGGCUUCGAAAACAACUAAAACUGCUGCCGCCGUCAACAACCCGGUAUCGGUGGCUAUCGAUUGCCAACUAAUCGAUGUCCGACAACAGCAACAGUUGCUGAUGAAAGUCCAGCACGAGUUGGCUGAUGUCAAACGCAAAUACCUUAUUAAGACGGACACCUGCGAAGCGAUGACCGUAAUCAACAAAGAACUGGAAAAACUUGUCGUCGAACUAAAGACCGAAAACGAUGCCAUUGUUUCUGCUUAUAAUGAAAGUAGUGGUCAUUGUUUUGCUGACAUAAGCCGAUUGCAUAAAUAUUUAACUAACAUAUCGAUGACUAUUCACCGUAAGACUAAAGAUGAUGAUAACAAUGACGACGACAAACACGACAACAACAGCAAUGAUGAUAAGGGAGUUGUUGUCGGUAUUGCUGACAAUCAAUGUGUUAUUGCAGAUGAGUUGACCAAACAAUCAUUGACUACGACUACCAACUCUAUGGACAUGGAUUACGAAUCGGCGGCCGCGCCGGCGGUGACUGCUGAUGAUUGUUCACCGAUUUCUAGGACGACGCCAACUACGCCCACCGAUUAUUCGGAGUCUCCUAUUAUUAUUGGACAACAACAACAGUCAGACAAGCUAUCGGUUAAGACAGAGUCGUCCAUUAAAGCCAUGAAAAAGUGCGCCCAAUUUAGUUGUUUAGUUAGUCUGGAGGAAUUGGAUCCAGUUCUAGCAGCUGCCGGUUCACAAUUUAUUGACGUCAAUCCACAGCCGCCAAUUGAAAUUGAUUACAACAAAAACAACAUAAUUACCGAUUAUGUCGGCGGCAAUGAUGAUGAGUCGACAACAAACAGUCAGUCGUCUAUUAUCGAUACUACUAAUAGUAAAGACAUGUUUGAGACGGUUGUAGUCGAAAGAGUCGACGAUGACAACGACGACGACACCGAUACUACCGUCAAUGUUGAAGACACAGGCGAUUCGAUGGCACAAAAGUCGACGACAACAACAACAACUUCACCGCAGAAGAAGCAGCUAAAAAGACCAAAGAGAUCGUCGACUAGACUGAGCAGCAAAAGACAGCGACUGCAGACAUCAUCAGAUAGUAUGGAAACAUUGUCGUCGUCGUCGUCAUCGACAACAACAACUCGUGUAGUAAUGGUAUCGGUCGAUAACAAAACCAACUAUAACCUCAAUAAUGCCAAUACUAGUAGUAGUAGUAGUAGUACUGCUGAACAUCAGAGUACUACUACUACUACUACCGCUACCAAUGGUGUAACUCUGUCGACAAUUACCGGCACUAAAAUCAAUAUCGACAUUAGCGACGAAUCGACUAACGGUAGUACCACUGCCGAUGACGACACCCUAGCUAUUGGUCCAUUGCGUCAGUACGUCAACAAUGCCGAUAAUUAUAGCGAAAUUUCUACAUCAAACGGCUACUACUAUCUGCCUACCAGUGCCUCCACUACCACCGCCGCCGCAGCCGCCUUCAGUUCAAUCAAUUGUACGGCUAUUAAGACACUGCCAAUUGUUGCCGAUAACAUGAGUUCAUCAUCAACUAUACCGAAUACUCCAGUGGUCACCGCCACCGACACCACCAAUGAUCUGGUAGUACGACAUUUGACACCUGGAACACCUGAUGGUCGACUGGGCUACCGGUGCGGACUACCUGACUGUGAUUUUACUACGCUAUACGAAAUGAAAUUCAACGAUCACCUUAAACGUCAUGUCAACUAUCAUAUGGGACAGGAAUUGCCGCCACAUUUCUAUCGUAUGUGGAAGUAUUUGCAGGCAAAACGACUGUCCAAAGAUGUAGAAGCAAUCAAUAGUAGUACCGGUAGUUCAUCCAAGUCUACCAAAGCUUAG